UGCCGUUGCCAUGACAAACAUCAACUUUGCGUUUGUAUUCAAUCACAUAUGGUCAUGUUAACAUUAGUUCAGCGAGCUGUAUUUAGUUUAUUUUCAGUGGUAUAUGUAUGUUUGGCAAUAGAGUACAAUAUUUAGGUGUUUAAUAGUACAAUAGUAAAAUGACAUCCGUUUUACAGCCUCAGAAGGAGCCAACUAACGGCACAUACACGUUCUCCAGUCGUCCAAGGCCUGUACAAAACCGCACUACAUACAGGGAGCCUGCAGCAGAGCAAACUGAUGGACAAUCCAAUUAUGGAAACAUCAUGUAUGAUCGUCGAGUUGUCAGGGGAAACACAUAUGCCCAACACAUCAUACCGAUUACUGUGCAGCCUGACCCUAUAGAAAUACAGAGACAGCAGGAGGCCAGAAGGAGAGCCUUUGCUCGGAAGCAGGCCAAGGAGCAGUUCAGGCCCAGGACUCCAGAGGCACUAGAAGGAAGGAAGCACAUAGACGUACAGACAGAACUGUACCUGGAGGAGUUGAGCGAUUCCGUCGAAGAUACCAGUGUUGAGUGCCAGACUGAUGCAUUUCUGGACAAACCGGCGACGCCCCUCUUCAUUCCUGCCAAAUCAGGCGAAGACGUGGCCACACAGAUAGAGGAGGGAGAGCUGUUUGACUUUGACAUGGAGGUCCGCCCGGUGCUAGAGGUUUUGGUGGGGAAGACGGUGGAGCAGGCUCUGCUGGAAGUGAUGGAGGAGGAGGAGCUGGCCAGCCUGCGGGCGCAGCAGCGAGCCUUCCAGGAGCUCCGCAACGCUGAGCUGGUGGAGGUGCAGCGACUGGAGGAGCAGGAGAGACGCCACCGCGAGGAGAAGGAGCGUAGGAUGGCACAGCAGAGGGAGGUGCUGGAGAGGGAGAAGGAGACGGCAGAGAAGAUAGCAUCCCGGGCCUUCGCCCAGCAGUACCUGGCUGACCUCCUCCCAUCCGUCUACACCACCCUUAGAGACCACGGCUACUUCUACGACCCUGUGGAGAGAGAUAUUGAGACUAGGUUCCUCCCAUGGCUCUUUACAGAGGUCACCAGAACUAUUGAGAAGAGAUACGUGGCACGAACCGUUCUUGACAUGCUCCUCCGUGAGGUUACCCAGAAGAGGCUAGACUCCUUCCAGCAGCCAGAGGCUCAGCUACCUUCUAAAGAAGAGUCUAUGGGCUAGAUACAACAGCCUGGAGAUAAAACCCACAUUCUUUAACAGAAGUGGUUGUUGGGAUGAAAUACAUUUCAAAUAUAAUAAACCCUCUUACAUUCUGUAUAAGCUACUUCGGUAUGCCAUUAUAUAUAAAAUGGCAAUCAGUUUGUGUAUGUGAGUGUGAUCACCAAAAAUCCUUGAAAUCCGGUAGACAAAAAUCUGGUUUUACAACUUGACAAACUGACACUUAUAAUGUUGACUACUGCACUUUUUUUUGUUAUGGUUAAUUGAGUUAAUCCAAGUUCACUUGUUUUCACUUGCCAACCAUUAAUAAUGGAUUCAUGAUAUCAAAGUAAAUUCAGCAUUCU